AGUAGCAGUAAUCUACGAUUCAGCGUAUAAGUUACACGUUUGUAACAAUAUAAUCAAAGCAGCGAGUCUGACGACAUUCGUUAAUCGAUUAGAUUUCCUUCGUAGCGGACUAUCUUUUACUUUCGCGCAGACGCCAUAGUGACUACUAGGUGCGCUUGUAAUACUCGACUAGUAGCCAUUAUACCGUCGCUUAGUCACCAUGUGUCAAUCGGUGACUAAAGAUUUGCACGAUCACAGUGUGCAGUUAAAUCGUUGGUUCCUAAAGCCAAUAGGCGCGUGGCCGCAAUUCUCCACGAUUUCGAGUAGGGAAAAAGCCCUGUCUCGCAUUGUAAUAUUCACUUGCUACUCGUUGAUAGCUUUCACCGUAGUACCUUGCGUGUUGAACAUCUUCUUCGAGGAAAGAGAUAUUGAACUGAAACUUCGAGCGAUCGGUCCGUUGAGUCAUUGGUUGAUGGGCGGGAUGAAUUAUAGCUCCUUGCUAUUACAUAGCACUGAUAUACGCCAAUGCGUGCGGCACAUGGAAAUGGACUGGCGGAUCAUUAAACGAUCGCAAGAUCGCGAAAUCAUGGCGAGGAACGCGAAGCUGGGUCGAUUUGUGGCAGGCUUCUGCGCAAUAUUCAUGCACAGCGGCGUGUUCUCCUACAGCAUUGUGUCCGGAAUGACGACUGUGUCAGUGUCGAUUGGAGUUAAUCGGAGUGUCUCGAUGCUCCAAUUGCCGUGUCCCUCAUAUAGUAAAUUUGUAGAUGCCAGAUUCAGUCCGGCUAACGAGAUUGUUCUAGUGAUGCAGUUGCUUUCGUGUUUCAUAGUAAAUUCCACUACGGUCGGCGCUUGCAGCCUAGCCGCUGUUUUCGCUAUGCAUGCAUGCGGCCAAUUGGAUAUUUUAACUUUGCGUUUAGACAAGCUUGUAGAAGGUGAAGGUGCAAAAGAAAACAAGUCAGCUCAGAAAAGAUUGGCCGAUAUCGUAAACCACCACUUGCGCGUUUUAAGGUUUAUAGCGCGCAUCGAAGACAUUAUGCACCAAAUAUGCCUGAUAGAAUUAGUGGGAUGUACAUUUAACUUAUGUAUGCUUGGAUAUUACUCCAUUACGUGGUGGAAUAAAAUUGAUACAAAGAGCAUAGCAGCAUAUAUUAUCGUGUAUAUAUCCAUGAGUUUCAAUAUUUUUAUAUUUUGCUACAUAGGUGAAACUCUAACACAACAGUGUAAAAAAAUUGGUGAAACGGCGUAUAUGAUCGACUGGUAUCGUUUACCUCAUAAAACAGCCCUUGGCUUGAUCUUGAUUAUAUCAAGAUCGAGCGCCGUGAUUAAAAUAACUGCUGGAAAAUUAAUACAACUUUCUAUUGCGACAUUCAGUGAUGUUAUUAAAACGUCUCUCAUUUAUCUAAAUAUGUUGCGAACUGUUACAACGUAAGCAUGUAAAUAAUCCAAGAUAUUU